AUGAGAAGACUUUCACUCCUUCUGGGGGUUGUACUACUAUGUGUACAGCUUCUUGCCCAGCAACGGACCAUCACAGGCAGAGUAACGGAUGAAAAAGGCGAACCGGUUGCCAAUGCAUCUGUUACUGUAAAAGGCACUACCAUUGGAACCACUACAAAAAGCGAUGGUACUUAUUCAAUUGGCGCGCCAGCCGGUGCAAAAACCCUGGUUAUUUCUUCUGUUGGACUGGCUUCAGAAGAAAUUGCUAUUGGAAGCAGAACGGCUAUUGUUACUUCCUUAAAAGCAUCCGACAGAACAUUGGAAGAAGUAGUGGUAUCUACUGGGUAUACCCGCGAGAAAAGGUCGCAGUUUUCGGGUGCAGCAAAUGUGCUGAGCGGAAAAUUGAUAGAGACAGUGCCUGUUGGUUCUUUUGACCAGGCAUUGCAGGGCCGUGCACCGGGUAUGCUGGUAAACUCCAGCUCUGGCCAGCCAGGCUCCAGCGCCACUGUAACAAUAAGGGGCGUGCAAUCUAUACAGGGUGCAAAUGCCCAGCCGCUUUAUGUACUGGAUGGUAUUCCUAUUUCAGCGGGCGAUUUUCAGACGAUGAACCCCAAUGAUUUUGAAUCGCUUACUAUAUUAAAAGACGCAGGUGCGGCAGCUUUAUAUGGCGCCCGUGGUGGUACAGGUGUAAUUGUAAUUACCAGCAAAAAGGGCAAAGCAGGGAAUACCAAUUUUACCGUUCGCAGCCAGGUAGGCGUAACGCAGGCUCCCAGUUUUGCGCGUUUAAACAUGAUGAAUUCUACGGAGAUCCUGGAAUAUGAAAGGAGAUUGGGAUUGGCUAACUUAAAUCCCAACACACCAGGAUGGGUGUAUUCAAAAUCAAAUCCAACAUACAGCACCUUACCUGCAGCUACACAGGCCAGGUACGACUUCAUGCUGGACAGCAUAGGCAAAAUCAAUACAGAUUACGCCAGCCUUUUUUAUCGCCAGGGAGUAUCGCAGUCGCAUGAAGUAAAUGUGAGCGGCGGUUCAGACAAGACAAGGUUUUUCCUGUCUACCGGUUAUUUCGAUCAGCAGGGUAUUGACCGCGGUUCAGCUUUAAAAAGAUAUACCACCCGCUUUAAUAUUGAACAUACUGCCAACAGGCUUACCAUUAACUGGAAUACGGCAGCAGGCUAUUCUAUCACCAAUUUUUCAGAAGGUGAAGCAUUGGGUAACAGUGCAAGAAAUCCUUUCCAGAUGACCUAUAGGGCCAAGCCUUAUGAGAAUCCCUACAAGGCAGACGGCUCACUCAAUUACGGUACCAAUACAACACUGGCCCUUAAGCAGGUUGCCAAUUUGCUGGAAGGCAUACAAAACUCCAGUCUUCAGCAAAAGCAGAUAAAAAUUACAACUGGUCUUACCCUGGCGUAUAGAGUACUGCCUUCACUUACUAUAAGGAAUACGUUUGGACUGGAUGCUGCCAGCGAUUUAUGGCAGCGUUACAUUGUUCCCGGUUCUUAUAUCGGGGGUCUUCAGGCAUUUGGAACAGCCUACCCCGGACUGGAUGUGGAAGGUACUAAACUGAGCAGCCAGCUAAUCAAUACUUCCAGUGCAGUGUUUUCAAAGAAGUUCGAUAAGCACGAGGUAGAAGCCGGCGCUUAUUUUGAAGUGGUUAGGGGUUACCAGAAAGGUCUUGCGUUUACACUAUACAAUCUCGAUCCAAGACUUCAGUAUACCGGCCAGGGUGCAGGUACAUUGCCAACCAAUGGCGCUGCUACUUACCCCCAGUAUGGCACCAGUGCCAAAUCUGGUUUUGGUAUCCGUUCUUAUUUUGCUACUGCCAGGUAUACCUAUAACAACAAGUAUACGCUUUCAGGAAAUAUCAGGAGAGACGGCACUUCAAGGAUUGCCAAUGAUCAAAACAAUGAAAUUACUACAUGGUCAGCCGGUGCUAUCUGGAAUGCCAUGCAGGAAGAUUUCAUGAAGUCUCAGGGGAUACUGACAGAUUUAAGGGUAAGGGCUUCUUACGGUGUUGUACCCAAUAUUGGCAGUAUUUCCACCAGUUCAUAUGGCAUACUGGGUACCGCUGCCGGCAACUGGUUAACAGUUACCAAUUACCAGGGACCACAGGUGCCUUCAUUUGGUACCACCAGCUAUGCAGGUUCAGGUGUUACCGGUCUUGCACCCACUACACCAGGCAAUCCUAACCUGAAAAUUGAGAACAUUCAGAAAACCAAUAUUGGUGUUGAUUUUGCCGUUUGGAGAAACAGGGCCAGGUUUACUGUAGAUGUAUACAAUAACAGGACUGUUGAUCUUUUUGUAAGCCAGCCAUUGAGCGGUACCACCGGUUUUACCAGCACCAAUAUCAAUGCAGGUGUAAUGACCAAUAAGGGUAUUGAAUUUACGGCCAGCAUAGACGUGGUUAAAACCAGGGAUUUUGGUGUGUUGGUAGGGUGGAACCAUUCUAUCAAUAAAAACAAUAUUGAAGACCUGGGACUGGUGAACGAAUAUUUCCUGGGAACUUUUGUAAUCAGGAAGGGACUUCCUUAUGGCUCUCAUUAUACUUAUAAUUACCUGGGUUCAGAUCCUGCCACCGGUAAGCCAAGGUUUGAAACACAGGAUGGCAAGGAAACACUGGAUGCUGCACAGGCUGGCCAGUUCGCAAAAUUCGGCACCUAUCUUCCCAAACACCAGGGUGGUUUUAAUACUGCUUUCCGUUUCAAAGGAUUAACCAUCGAUGCCUUCUUUUCUUACCAGUUUGACGUAGUAAGAAGCAAUAAUAUCCGUAACUGGAUUACAAGAGGUACCAUUGGUUACCAGGCAUCUGUAAAUGGUUCAAAAGAACUGCUUACCAACCAGUGGCAGAAACCAGGCGACCAGGCCUUUUUUCAGUCAGCCAUCUACGACAGGGGUUUUACCUCAUCUGACCUGGAAAAUGCAAAAUUCCUGCGUUUCAGAAGUUUAAACGUGGCCUACCAGGUGCCUGCUAUCAACUUUAACAGCAAAGCAGUUAUCAAAGGUGCAAGGUUUUAUGUACAGAUGCAGAACAUUGCUGUAUGGAGCCCAUGGACAGGUUUGGAUCCUGAAGAUGGUAACAACAUAAGUCUGAAUGAAUACCCUAACCCCAAAAUGAUUGUUGGUGGUAUUGAUAUUAAUUUCUAA